AUGGGGUCACUUAUAAGAAAUAUUAUGGAAACCUAUAAAUAUGUCAACGAAGAUUUAGCACAUCCAGUCACAAGAAAUUACCUUCUAGUCUACUCCCCGUUCUGCGUUAUAGUCGGUCUCUUUGUAUAUUACAAGUUUGUCACAUUAUGGGGCCCAGAGUACAUGGCCGAUAGGCCGCCCUUCGACGUCAAGAAACCAAUGAUCGUGUACAACAUAGCACAAAUUAUUAUUUCAGCAGUCACGAUGGUCGGAGGUUUAAGCACGACAUAUCUAAACGGCCACUACAAUCUAUGGUGCCAGGGAGUCAACUACGAGGACAACGAGGGAGACGAUCCAGUUUUAUACUAUACGUGGCUUUACGCCACGGUCAAAGUGUUGGAUUUGGUUGACACGAUAUUCUUCAUACUGAGGAAGAAAUUCAGCCAUGCGUCGUUCUUGCACGUUUACCAUCACAUGGCCAUGGUGGUCUUAGGCUACAUGGGCCUUAAAUACGUACCAGGUGGUCAUGGAGCAAUGUUAGGUAUAAUAAACUCCAUGGUCCAUACGGUGAUGUACAGCUACUACCUCGUUGCCCUCGUGCGGCCCGACUGGGUGCGGGUCUGGUGGAAGAAGUACAUCACGCAGCUGCAGAUUGCCCAAUUUGUGGCGAUACUACUGCACUUCAGCCAUGUUUUGUUCCAGCCAUCGUGCGAGUACCCCAAAUGGGUGGUAGUGCUUUUGUUACCACAAAAUUUAUUUAUGACCGCACUUUUCGUAGACUUUUAUAUAAAAGAGUACAUUAAGAAAAAGAAACAAUAA